UUAAAUUUCAGGGAGGGCCCUGGCAAAAACAUUUGUAAAAGCAUUUUCUCUUCCAUUAUUGCUUCUCUGUGAAACUGUCUGACACAUCUAUCAUGGCGGCCUCCUCUUCUUCCUCCGUGCAAUCCCGGCCCCACAACCAAGUCUUCGUCAAUUUUCGAGGGGAACUGCGGAAGACUUUCGUCAGCCAUCUGGAGAAGGCACUGAAAACAGAUGGAAUCAAUGUCUUCAUCGACGAAAACAGUCCUAGAGGUAAAGAUAUCACCACCCUCUUUGACAGAAUCGAGGAGUCAAAGAUCGCGCUCCCUAUCUUCUCAAACCACUAUACCGAUUCACAUUGGUGCUUGGACGAGCUGGAGAAGAUCAAGGAGUGCGUUGACUCAGGCAAACUUGUGGCCAUCCCGAUCUUUUACAAGGUAGAGGUGGCCGAUGUGAAAAAUCUCAAAGGAGUGUUCGGUGACAAGUUUUGGGAAUUGGUAAGGAAUUAUAAAGGGGAUUGUAAAGGUGCAAAGACCGAUAAGUGGAUAGGAGCUUUAGGAGUCGUUACAAAAAAGUUCGGCAUCGUUUUAACGGAAACGAGCAAAGAAAGUGAAGAAAUCGAUAACAUUGUAGCGCGAGUGAUUGAAGCCCUAAGUGGCAUUUCGAUAGAACGGGAAAGAGAGAUCCCCAUUGACAACCAUGAUGCAGGAGAUGAAGAAACAGCUGAAUGUGCUUCAGACGCGCCUCUUCCUCCCUUUGGCAUAGAAACACGUCUUAAGCAAUUGGAAGAGAAGAUAAACUCUUACACAGACCGUACUUUUAAGCUUGGCCUUGUCGGGAUGCCAGGUAUUGGUAAGACCACCUUGACGGAGAAGCUGUAUGAAAAUUGUAAAGGCAAGUUUGUGCGCCAAGCUUUUCUUCCCGAUGUCCGUGAAUUGUCUAAAAGCGGCAUGAUGGAUGGGAGCAUUCUCAGGAGAGAGUUGUUGAGGAAUGAAGAUGUGAUCCAAGAAGUAGUUAACAUGAAGCCUGAGUCCUUGAAAACACACCUACUGCUUAAUAAGUCUCUUGUCAUUCUUGAUAACGUGACCAGCAAGAAACAAAUGGAGGUUCUUCUUGGCAAUGGCGACUGGAUUAAGAAAGGUAGCUUAAUCAUUAUCACGACGAGUGAUAGGUCGGUGAUCGAAGGGGAGGUUGAUGACAUAUAUGAAGUUCAUAGAUUAAGUGCCAGAGACAGUUUGCAGUGCUUCAGCCAUUAUGCUUUUGGUGUCGUCAAUCCAGUGGGAAAUUUCAUGAAUAUUUCCAAAGAAUUUUCGGAGUAUGCCAAAGGCAACCCAUUUGCUCUCAAGAUAUUGGGUGGCGAGCUUAAUGGACAAAACAAGGCUCACUGGGAAGAGACACUUCGCAGGCUGGCACAAAGUUCCAAUAAGACGAUACAAGAUUUCUUGAAGAUAAGCUAUAAUGAGCUAAGUCAGCUUCAGAAAGAUGUCUUUCUUGAUGUUGCGUGUUUCUUUAGAUCAGGGGAUGAGUAUUACGUGAGGUGCUUGGUGGAGUCUGAUCUAAAGGCUCUUGCCAGUAAAUUUUUGAUUAACAUUUCUGGUGGGCGAGUGGAGAUGCACGAUUUGCUGUAUACAUUUGGCAAGAAACUUGCUUCCGCACUUGCUUCCCCCAAGGAACUUCCUUCCGAAGGGUGGUGUAGGCUAUCAUUGAACCAUAAUGAACUGGAUGCUCUUAAGAAAGCAGCGGGGGACGUAAGUGUGAGAGGUAUUUUUCUUGACAUGUCUGAAAUGAAGGAGGAAGUUUCUUUGCACGAAUGUACCUUCAAAAAGAUGCGUAAUCUUUGGUAUCUGAAGUUGUAUAGUUCUCAUUGUCAUCGACAAGGCAAAGCUGACUGCAAACUAAACUUCCCCGAUGGGAUUCAGCUUCCACUAGAAGAGAUAAGGUAUCUCUACUGGCUGAAAUUCCCUCUGACGAAACUUCCAGAAGCCUUCGACCCCAAGAAUCUUUCCGACCUUAACCUGCCUUACAGCGAGAUUGAAGGUGUCUGGGAUGGUGUUAAGGAAACACCGAAGCUUAAGUGGGUUGAUCUUAGUUACUCAAGCAAGUUAAGCAAUCUGUCAGGGUUACUAAAUGCUGAAAGUCUCCAGAGAUUGAAUCUUGAAGGCUGCACGAGUUUGAAAGAGUUGCCAAAGGGGAUGCAACACAUGCAAAGUCUUGUUUUCCUCAACAUGAGAGGUUGCACAAGUCUCCGGGUUCUCCCAAAUAUCAAUCUGAUCUCUAUGAAGACUCUUAUCCUCACCAACUGCUCAAUCCUUCGGACUUUCAAGUUGAUUUCGAAUAAUCUAGAAAAUUUACACUUAGAUGGAACUGCCAUAACUCAACUUCCUACAAACAUGUGGAAGCUCCAGAGACUGAUUGUAUUGAACUUGAAAGACUGCGAAAAGCUGGAGGCAGUUCCAAAAUGUCUGGGGAAGCUGAAAGCUCUGCAAGAACUGGUGUUAUCUGGUUGUUCAAAGCUCUCGACCUUUCCAGUUCCUAUUGAGAAAAUGAAAAGCUUGCAGAUAUUGUUGCUAGAUGGGACAGAUUUCAGUACCUUAAAAGUGGAAGACAUACCUGAACUAAGACGUAGUAUGAAUGGCAUAUCCUCAUUGCAGCGUCUAUGCUUAAGCAGGAAUGAUACGAUCACCAACCUGCAAGAUGACAUCAGUCUACUAUGUCAUCUGAAACUGCUUGACCUGAAGUUCUGCAAGAAUCUCAUCUCAAUUCCACUGCUUCCACCAAAUCUAGAGAUCUUAGAUGCACAUGGCUGCGACAAGUUGAAGACAGUUGCAACGCCAUUGGCAAUUCUUAAGCAUAUGGAGAAGGUUCACUCUAAGUUCAUUUUCACCAACUGCAACAGUCUUGAACAAGCUGCAAAGAAUAGCAUCACAACUUAUGCUCAAAGGAAAAGCCAGCUAGAUGCGCGUAGAUGCUAUAAAGAGGGACAUGCUUCAGAAGCUUUAUUCAUUACUUCUUUUCCAGGGAGCGAAGUGCCUUCAUGGUUUGACCAUCGCAUGAUUGGACCAACGUUAAAUCUGAAGUUUCCACCACAUUGGUGCGACAACAGACUUUCAACAAUAGUUCUAUGCGCUGUUGUUUCGUUCCAAGAUGAGAUCAACAGUUUCUCAGUAGAAUGCACUUGUGAGUUCACCAACGAACUUGGAACAUGUACACGUUUCAGUUGCAUUCUUGGUGGAGGUUGGAUUGAACCGCGCAAGAUUGAUUCAGACCAUGUGUUUAUCGGUUACACCAGUUGCUCCCACAUAACAAAUCAUGUAGAAGGUUCGCAAGGACAUCAGAAAUGUGUUCCUACAACGGCGUCAAUAAAAUUCAAAGUGAUAGAUGGAUCAGGUGAGAUUAUGAAUUGUGGUUUAAGUUUGGUGUACGAGGAACCAAACCAUGUCGUUAUUGAAGGAGACAGUAAUGGAACUUCUUCAGGAAGAGAUUUAUCAGUUGUAGAGAGUACAGUGAGCUCUGCUACUCGGUUUCUGUCCGUUGUUUUGAGGUAUUUGUGGCUAGGUGUUUUGUUCUUUUCGGUUUUUGGGUUUGCUAGGUUUUAUUCUCAGUAGAUAAGCUGUAAUUUUUUUCUGGGUCACCACUAAGUGACUAGUUUCUGUUUUGUAUUUGUAACAGACAAUUUUUUAUUUUUUUAGGAACACAACAAAACUAAGGAGUUCGGGUUCAGUUCUUUUUCUUGUUCUCUCCGCCUUCUCUCUUGUUCUUCUGGUUCAGUUCGUAGUUCAACAGUCUCGCCGGCUCCGGCUGCUCUCACAGAGCUGGAGUCGGGUUUCGUUUCUUUUUCUUGACUCUCGGCAUGCAUGCAUCA